CGCUUUUCGGCGUCCGUCCGUCCGUUUUCUCCUUUCCCGGCGGUUUUAAAGCGCAGCAGGCGUUGCGAAGCGGAUCAGUAGGGGGGAAUGGACAUAAUGAUAGGAGAGUUAGCGGCCAGCGCUGCAGUGACGCAGUCGUUGACUCCGGCACAAAUCGGCUCCCUGCUAGUGUCACAAGAUAGCGACCAGGACCUGCUCGGAGGAGCCGCGGCCAAGAAGGAGCGGGAGAUCAUAGAGAGCAACCGAGUCAAGCUGGCCAACUACAUCCACGACGUCACGACGCUGUUCCCGCUUCUGCGACAGGAGGGCAUUUUCAGCCGCGACGACGUUGAAAUCAUCGAGGCGCCCGUCACCACCACCGCCAAAGUCGACAAGUUCCUGGAUGUCCUUCUCAGGAAAGGUCCAAAGGCCAUUGGAGUGUUCCAUGAAGCCCUCAGCUCACACUAUCGCCACCUCUUCAACUACCUCGCCCAGCUCUUCACUCAGGCUGGCCUCAACCUUCCCUCCAGCAGACAAAUGAAAGAUGAGGGGGACGAUGUGGAUAAAGAAGUAGGUCCUAAAGACAAUGAACGCAGUCGUUCAAACAGCACGUAUCGGAGCGGGUCUAGGAGUGUGACGAUAAGGAAGAGACUGGAGGUCAUGAGUCGGCAGUGUGAGAUGAUAGAGAAUGACAAAUUCAGCCUGCAAAAAGCCCUCAGCGACCGAGAACAUGAGAUCAGCUCACUACUCAGUACAAAGGAGCACGUGCAGAUCAAGUACCAGGAGCUCCUCUCUCAAUUGGCUCACUGGAGAGCUGCCCUGGAAUCUGAUGAUGCAGUCCAACAAUGGAUGGUGGAGAGAGAGAACAUUCAACGAGAGUACGACCAGAUCGAGCAGGACUACAACCUCCAGUGCUCCGAGCUGAACGCAGCACGAGAGAGAAUCAGCCUUCUUCUCCAGCAGCUCGAGAGAAGCGAGAAGAUUGUGGCCAUCACUCAGGAGAACUGCCAGAAAGAGAAAGACACCUACAAACACAGAAUUUCGGUACUUGAAGGAGAGGUGAAGCGACUGCUGGACAAACUGGACCACGUAGUCACCGGACCUCUCAGCAGUGACGGGAGGACCAACGACGAGUGUCCUCAAGUACGCUGCGAUAAGCUACAGCGUGAACUGGACCAGGCUAGAGACCAGAUGUCCACUCUGAACGAUCGACUCGACGUGCUGCAGAGAGAAAAAACGCUGGCGUACGACGAACGAGACGAGAUUGUCAAGAAGCAAUAUGUGGAGAAUGUGAAAAGAAAAAAUGCCGAGAAAGAGAUAAAGCAGCUGAGGAUUCAAAUCGAAUCGCUAUCCAACUGCUCAGAUACACUCUACUCGCCGCAGACGCCGCACAAGACCUACCCCAUAGUGGGCGGAGCUGGAACGAUGGCCACGCCUCCCUACCCCGCCCGUCAUGCCAGCUGUCCUGGGGAAGACAUGAUGGCCCACCGACCGGGGUUAACAGGCGGGGGGAUUGGAGGUGGGAUGACCACAAAGGUGGAGAAUCUCGAAGUCUUUAUGCCGGCACCGGGAUUUGAUGCUGAUCUGGGUAUGAAACUGGAGCAGGGAGUGGUGGUGAGAGAGUUAAAAGAAGGCAGUCAGCCUCACAAACACGGUGUGAGACUUGGAGACGAAAUCUGCCAGGUGAACAAGUUCACACUGUUCGGAGAUAACCCUCUGGAUUUUUUCAAUCGUCUCUUGAAGAACGCCACAGAGCCUGUCGCACUUAUGCUAAGACGCCAGAGUCCAUAUUAUGUUGGCCCUAUAUACAGUCUGUCAUAUCUGAGGUUUCACCAAUCCCAGUACAAGUAUCAGAUACCAGGUCGUCCAUAUAACACUCUUCCAGUCGCGUCACCCAGAGGAGGCAGCCGCCCCAUCUCUCCUUGCUUCCCAUCUCUCCCUCUGCACCCUCCUACCAGCUCCGUCUCCAUCUUCCCGCUGAGCCCCCAGCUGGGAGCUGCCUCGGCGUCCCGCAGGUACCCGGCCUUUCAGUCUCCUCCCGCCACCGGAGUAGCCAGCAGUCCUGUAUCCGGUCCUACUACUCUCGUCGACGCUCCCAUGGACGGGAGAAAGGCCAGGGUGAGCACUGAUGGGACAUCUAACUCAACCCAUUCGACUAAUAAGGACUCAUCUUGCAGUAGUUCCAGUGAUGAGGACGGGGGAAGAGAAGGGAGGAGAAAAAGACCUGUCAUCAUCCCUCAGCAGAAAACCAACAACAGGUUCUCCAGUGCCUCUGAACAGGACGGCAUCGUCACCAGCCCCACCGAGAGAACGUCUGUCUGGAGAUACAAGAGGAUGACGAAAAUAUCGACCAUUGACUCUGGAUUUGAGUUCCCGUUCACGGAGGACGGCCAGCAACUGGAUGGCCCGGACAUUCUCCUGCACUCCAGCGAGUGGGACGUGGUGGAGUCACCGGAGAUGGUGGAGGAGGCGAGGAGGGAGGAGGAGGGGAGAGAGGCCGCUGGUGGGGAGAAGGCCUUUCGGGGCAGGAAGGGGGCCGUCGCAAAUGAACGGUCUUCUGGACCACGCAGGAAAAAGGGAGUUUAUCACAAGAAACCCAACAUUUCGAAAUCCCUCGACGACCUAAACGAGACGACAAAGCAUGGACCUGCCAGAGAUUCUCGUGACGGAGAACGAACGGUAAUCAUCACCAAACAAGAAUUCCUGACAGAAAUCAAGCUGAUUGGUGGGCGGGGCUAUGGAGUGUUCAUAGAAACUGACUCCAGGAAGCACACAGUUGAGACCGGAGACAAGAUUAUGGAGAUAGGAGAGAGAGUCACAAACGGUCUCACACGAGCGGAGGUGUUUGAACUUCUGGACUCCGGUUUUCUGAGGAAUGACUCUGUGAGACUGACGGUGUUCUACGAUGCCAAAGCACUGUCUCAGCUUCCACCUCAUGCCAAAGACAACUUCUACGUCAGAUGCAUUCAACCCUAUCGUCCAACUCAUUCCAUCCUCGCCAAGAACUAUGACCUAGCCUUUGAGAAGGGCGACGUUCUUCACAUCACCAACACACUACCCACAGGUCACGCGGGUUGCUGGACGGCGGAGAAGAUGGGGAGCAAGGGUGAGAUCCAGGGGGCCGGGCUGGUUCCCAUAUCUCUGAAUCCAGACUCGGGGGACGACAGAAUCAGGAACGGAAGCCCAAAGACUUUGCCGAAGUAUAACAACAAAGCAAGCAAUGUUGACGGCACGUUGAAAUCACUCGCUACCUCACUUUUCUCCAAGGCUCUGCAGCUCUACUGUCCCGUGUGCCAGGUUACUGUGAAGUACCCUCGACCAGUUCUGUUGCUGGGGAUACUGCAAAAGGACUUUCGCAAACACAUCGUCAGUAACUCCUCUUCUCAAGACGACAUAAAAUUCUGCUUCUCCAUUCCAGAAGAAGCCGGGAAGGUCCACUGUCCCGAAGAUGAGAUUGUGGAAAGAUUGACAGAGAACGGCAAGACAAUGAUCACUACCACUUCACACAUCAAAGACCUCGGCAGAGAAGGCUAUCACUGUGUGCUGUGUAAUGACGCAGACAGUCUACAUCUGCCCGGUCUCCAGAGUCUGACACCAAUUGUUCUUUACCUUCAGACCUCGGCCGUCCGCGUCGUAAACAAAAUCAGGCAGAGGCUGCCACAUGAUGGGGAGUUCAGUGCCCAGGAAGAGAUUGACUAUGCAGAAGGCUUGAAGAGAUACCUACAAUACUUCACAGGUCAAAUUGACCUCCAAGUGUCGAUGGUUGAUGUCGUGAAAGAAAUCAAAGCAACAGUUGCCCGUCAGCAGAAAUCCGCCAUAUGGGAAAACGAGAUUUGAGAGAUUUAAUAUUUUUAAUCAUCAGGAAGAUUCACAAAGACAUUGAAAGUAGCCAUAUAGGUGGAUAUUUUUUAAACUUCAUAAUAGCUUUGCAGACUUUGGACUUUUUAAUCCAUGUUUGUAUGUAGUUGCAAAGACAUGUGUCAGUUCAUGUAUAAAGCAAUUUUGAUACUAAAGUAAUGCACACAUAGGUGACGGUGGAUGUUAACAAUGUACCAGAGAUAUACACAGUCACCAUGAUAUAAUUAUACACAAAUCACUAAAGAUUUAGAGCAAAGUAUUAACUUGAGGCUAUAUAUUAGUUUUUCACUAAUGGAGGUAGCUGACAUCGUGCGACGUGAGAUUGGAACUCCGCCUCCCCUAGUGUCAGGAAUACAGUGGAACACUGCGGACACUUUCGCUCCGUUUCACACGCAAACCUAACUCGCGACACUAUCACAGCCUCCGGUUGAUUGGGGGGCGGCGGUUGCGAAAUACGAGAGCGAGGGGAAUUUUGCGACCCCCGCGAGUUACGUUUCAGUUCACUGCCAUCAGAUGAUUUGGCGGGAAAAUUCUGUGUGCACGUGGUGUGGUCCUUAGUAGUUCCGUGGUUAGAGUUCCAUUGUGUGAGUUGUUGCAGCUGCUUGUGUAUCCCACGGGAACGGCGGCUUUUUUUGUGCCAUGGGAGUGUCAUCGAUAAAUAUCGGUGCUUGUUUACGGCCCUGGCCUUGGCGGUUGUCGUGGUAACAGUGGGAGUUUCCCACUCCGUUGAGGUCGUCCUCUUUGGCCAGCGACUCAACAAGAACACCUGAUUGGUUGGUGGCCGCUUCGUUUAACAGGGAGCCUUCACAGCUACUGAGAUUACUGGAGUGCUGCAUUUGGAGCUUGUUCUGUAGUGUCUCAAGUUUCUGGACCAGAGCUUCAAUCUGGGCUUUGUCUCUUUCGGCCUUCUCUCUCAGCUGUCUGUUCUCGCUGCUCAGGGCCGUCAGCUCCUUUACCGUAGGCAUCUUGCUCGUAGCCUGGACUCUGAGGUUGGCAACUCUGUCCCUCAGUUCCUCGAUCUCGUCCCUGUCCUCCUCCCUCCCACUCCUCUCCUCCACCAGCUCCGCCUUCAAACGCUCGUUCUCCCUCACGGCCGCAUCUCUCUCUUGCUUCAACUGAACAAUAAGUAACAAUUAAUUUUACCGUACCACUGACACCAAAAUUGUACAUCGUAAUUUGUGAAUAAAACUGGAUUUAAGUGUGUCAGUGUGGCUGCUCA